AUGAUUGGUUUUGUGCAAAAUGGACUUAGUGCAGUCGAAGUUGUAAUAUGCAUUAUGGCACUGAUUCUAGCUUUUUUGGUAAUUAUUAUAAUAUUCAAUUUUUGCACGCAGUGUUGUUAUCGAAAUACUGAUUUAACGAAGUACGACAAGAAUAGUUUAGUGGAUAAAGAAUAUUAUGAAGAAAUUUGCGCACUCUUACGACGUUACAAGCAAAUGGAGGACAGUCGUUCAAAUAAACUUCCAGAUAGCCGCUUAAAGAAUGAGAUUUAUGAUAUUGGUGAUGAAAGUGAAUAUCAUACAUCAGAAUUUCCAUCUAAAACGAAUCCCGAAUCACAGUUAUUUGAACUGAAAGAGGAAUUAGAGCAACAUAAAAUUGAUCAUGGCAUUAAGAUAAGAAAUUAUAAUGAAGCGCCAGCAGAAAGAAGGCGAACCUGGGGAGGAUUAGAAGACGAUAGCCAAUUUGAGCCAGUUGAAUUACCAAAUAAGGUCAAUGAAGGAGUUCAAACAACGUGA